AUGGCUCUGAACAAAGUGAUCUACACAGCAACCCUGCUGGCUCUUCUCAUACAAGAGUGCGGGAUAGCUCCUCUCAACACCCGCAACACCCGCAUCGUUGGAGGGCAGGUGGCCGCUGCAGGCUUUUGGCCGUGGAUGGCCAGUAUACACGGAUCUGGAAACUUUCACUUCUGUGGAGGGUCACUCAUUACAAAUGAGUGGGUGAUUUCUGCUGCUCACUGCUUCCAAGGAACCAUCCCGAGCAGUUUGACUGUGUAUCUUGGUCGACAGACCCAAGAAGGAACCAACUCCAACGAAGUGGCUGUAGGAGUCUCACAGAUCAUCAAUAAUCCUAACUACAACAGUGCUACCAGUGACAAUGACAUUGCCCUCUUGAGGCUGGCCUCAACUGUAACUUUUACAAACUACAUCCGGCCCGUGUGCCUGGCAGCCUCGGACAGCACCUUCUUCAACGGCACUGACACCUGGGUCACCGGCUGGGGUAACAUCCAAUCUGGAGUGUCCCUUCCUUCUCCCGGAAACCUCAUGGAGGUGGAGGUGCCAGUUGUAGGAAGCAGACAGUGCAACUGUAACUACGGAGUGGGCACUAUCACAGACAACAUGAUCUGUGCUGGGUUAGAAGAUGGAGGAAGGGACUCCUGCCAGGGGGAUUCAGGAGGUCCAAUGGUGAGCAAGCAGAACGGGCGCUGGCUCCUGGUCGGGGCUGUGAGCUUUGGACGAGGAUGUGCUGAGCCUAAUUUCCCAGGAGUCUACGCCCGUGUGUCUCAGUACCAGACAUGGAUCAACAGCCAAAUCGUCACCAACCAGCCGAGCUACAUUACCUUCACAUCCACAGGGACCGACGGCGAUUUAAGUGUCAACUGUGCUGGGCUCCCUCCAGCACCAACCAACCCUCCAACCACACCUGCACCUGUGGUCUGUGGUCAAGCCCCAUUGAAUUCUCGUAUAGUGGGAGGAAGCUCAGUUGCAACAGCUGGUGUGUGGCCAUGGAUGGCGAGCCUGCAAAAGAAUGGGGGCCACGUGUGUGGUGGUACUCUGGUGGCCGUAGAUUCUGUCUUGAGCAACGCCAACUGCUUCUCAAGUUCUCCCACACCAUCCGAAUGGACCGUCGUUUUGGGUCGUUUAAACCAGAACGGAUUGAACCCGUUUGAGGUGACGCUGAAUGUGACAAACAUCACUCUGAGCAACCUCACUGGGUCGAAUGUGGCAGUGCUGCAUCUGUCAUCCCAGCCCACCCUGUCAAACUACAUCCAGCCCAUCUGCUUGGACAAUGGACAGACCUUCGCUGUGGGCUCAACUGCCUGGGGUUCUGGUUGGAACUCUGGACGAGGAGGGGAGGAACAAGCUCUGCAGGAGUUCCAGACCUCAGUUGUAGAUUGUGGAAACAGUUCAUCAAGCGAUACAAUUUGUACAGGAUCAUUCACGCUGGAAGAAGGGGAUUCUGGCGGUCCUCUGAUGUCAAAGGUGGAUGGAUCCUGGUUCCAGGCGUCUGUGCUAUCAUUUGAAAAUAACUCCACCAGAAUCGUGAGAGCAGAUGCAGUGAUGGUCUUAACCAGACUGAGCCACUUUCAGCAGUUCUUGUCCAGCACUAUAGGGACUUUCUUAUCCCCAGCCUCCUCCACCAGCAGCAGCACCACAGCUUCAGCCAACACCAUUGCCACCACCACUACCAGCAGCAGCGUGGAUGGCCCUGCUCACUCCUCUUUCUUCAUCUUUUUCCAUCUCCUCGUUUUAUCGUUGUGUCUCCAACUCUUCGUAUAGAAACUUCUUUCUUUAAACAGUGAUUUACAUGAUGUGACUGGCACAAAUGAAUGUAAAAAAUCUUGGAUUUGAAGGACU